CUCUAGAGUUUUCAUGCUCGAACGGAACAGUGUUAUUCGCAAUCCAGCAGUUGUCGCGAUCGGAAGCAAAUCGGAAAAUCUUCUUGGAAUCCUAAUUCACGCAGGCGAAGAAUUUGCUGGUUGUGUUGCGACGACGUCGACGCAUUUCAAUUGGAUUCAGAAAAUAAUUUAUUGAAAUGUUGCCCCUUCGCAUAGGCCUGCUACUUGGCGCUGUGCUUCUCGUAGCAAGCGCAAAUGGAGCCGCCAUCGAGAAAUCGCCUGGGAAAGAAGUCGAGAUUUCUGGUCUGACCGGCUUGGACAGAGAAAAGAGAAGUGCCAGAGGCUAUUCAAGGGGACAAACGCAGUCUCAGUACUUAAAUUUUGGCAAACCCGAACAGGAUGGAAAAGCCGAGGCGGAGGCCAAUGAAAGUGGAUCUCGCUCAACUGUCUCUGGCACCCACGGAAUGGGACAGGCUCAGAGUCAGUUCUCAUCGGGAGACUGCAAUGGAUGUUCCGGCUACCAAACGGAUUACCCUUCUUCGGGCAGAAUACUAGAUGCUAGUGGAGCCGGUGGAGUUGGCUUUCCGGGUGCCGGUGCGCAAGGCGGAGUGGGUGAACAGCCAGGGUUUGGCGGUCAGUCGGGAAUCGGAGGACAGCCUGGAAGUGGUGGAGCUUACUCACCGGGCUAUGGACAUCUUCCCGCACCUGGGACUGGCGGAACACAACCCGGAGAACUGGGAGUUGGUGGAUAUCCAGGAGUCGCAGGCAAACAGCCCGGAUACGGAACACAGACCGGCGCUGGAGGAAGCCCUACAGGAAUUGGUGGAGCUCAGCCUGGAUUUGGAACUCGGCCGGGAGUUGGUGAACAGGCAGGAACAAGUGGCGGGCAGCCUGGAGUAGGCGGUCAACAAGGAGUAAGUGGCGUGCGUCCUGGGGUUCCUGGAGAAUCAGGACUCGGUAGCGGACAACCCGGAUAUGGUUCUCAACCUGGAGUUGUGGGAUCCACUGGAUACGAAACACAGCCAGGAAUUGGAGGUAGACAACCGGAAACUGGUGAAGGCCAGACCGGAUAUGGAACUCAGCCGGGAGUUGGAGGACAGGCAGGUAUAAGUGGCGGGCAGCCAGGAGUAGGUGGUGUACAGCCCGGAUACGGAACACGGCCCGGAGAAUCGGGACUCGGUAGCGGACAACCCGGAUAUGGACCUCAGCCAGGAGUAGGCGGGCAGACUGGAGUUGGUGGAGCUCAACCCGGAUACGGAGAUGGUGGAAGUGGUAGAUCGCCCGGAUAUGGAACUCAACCAGGACUCGAAGUCGGACAACCUGGAUUCGGAGGCCAACCUGGAGUUGGAAGUCAAACAGGAUACGGAACUCAGCCAGGAGUUACAGGACAACAUGGUCUCGAUACCCGUCCUGGACUUACUGGCGAAUCAUUAAUCGGUGGAGGUAGCCAACCUAUGCUAGGCGGAACGCCUGGCUAUUCUACUCAACCUGGAUUUACUGGGCAGACAGGAGUCGGAGAUGGACAUCCAGGACAUGGGCCUCAAGCUGGAGUUGGAGGAACAGAGACAGGAGCUGGAGGAGAUCAACCUGGAACUGGUGGGUCUCAACCUGGAUAUGGAACUCAGCCUGGCUAUGGAACACAACCUGGAGUAGGAGGAAGUCAGCAAGGAGUUGGAGGAGGUCAACCAGGAAUUGGUGGCCCUCAACCUGGAUAUGGAACUCAACCAGGAUACGGAACACAACCUGGAGUAGGAGGAAGUCAGCAAGGAGUUGGAGGAGGUCAACCAGGAAUUGGUGGCCCUCAACCAGGAUAUGGAACUCAACCAGGAUACGGAACACAACCUGGAGAAGGAGGAAGUCAGCCCGGAGUUGGAGGAAGCCAACCAGGAAUUGGUGGUUCUCAACCUGGAUACGGAACUCAGCCGGGAGUAGGCGGACAGACAGGCUUGGGUGGCCGACAGCCUGGUUACGGAAGUCAGCCUGGAGUUGGUGGAUCGGCAGGAUACGGAACUCAGCCCGGAGUUGGAGGAAGCCAACCAGGAAUUGGUGGAUCCCAACCUGGAUAUGGAGCUCAGCCGGGAUACGGAACUCAACCCGGAUACGGUUCUCAACCAGGAGUAGGAGGAAGCUUGCCAGGAGUUGGUGGAAGUCAACCAGGAAUUGGUGGAUCUCAAACUGGAUAUGGAAGUCAGCCUGGAUAUGGAGCACAACCUGGAGUAGGAGGAAGUCAGCCCGGAUUUGGAGGAAGCCAACCAGGAAUUGGUGGAUCUCAACCUGGAUAUGGAACUCAACCAGGAUACGGAACACAACCUGGAGUAGGAGGAAGUCAGCCCGGAUUUGGAGGAAGCCAACCAGGAAUUGGUGGAUCUCAACCUGGAUAUGGAACUCAACCUGGAUACGGAACACAACCUGGAGUAGGAGGAAGUCAGCCCGGAGUUGGAGGAAGCCAACCCGGAAUUGGUGUAUCUCAACCUGGAUAUGGAACUCAACCUGGAUACGGAACACAACCUGGAGUAGGAGGAAGUCAGCCCGGAGUUGGAGGAAGCCAACCAGGACUUGGUGGUUCCCAGCCUGGAUAUGGAAGUCAGUCUGGAUAUGGAGUACAGCCUGGAGUUGGAGGCACCCAGCCAGGAGGUAGAGGAAGCCAAUCAGGAAUUGGUGGUUCCCAACCUGGAGUUGGAUAUGUGACUCAACCUGGAUACGGAGUUGGGGGAAGCCAACCAGGACUUGGUGGUUCCCAGCCUGGAUAUGGAGCUGCACCUGGAUACGGAACACAACCUGGAGUAGGGGGAAGUCAGCCUGGAGUUGGAGGAGGUCAACCAGGAAUUGGUAGCUCUCAACCUGGAUAUGGAACUCAACCAGGAUACGGGAAACAGGCGGGAGUAGGAAGAAGUCAGCCCGGAGUUGGAGAAAGCCAACCCGGAAUUGGUGGUUCUCAACCUGGAUAUGGAACUCAACCAGGAUACGGAACACAGCCGGGAGUAGGAGGAAGCCAACCAGGAGUUGGUGGUUCUCAACCUGGUUAUGGAACUCAGCCUGGAUACGGAACACAACCUGGAGUAGGAGGAAGUCAGCCCGGAUUUGGAGGAAGCCAACCAGGAAUUGGUGGCUAUCAACCUGGAUAUGGAACUCAACCAGGAUACGGGACACAGGCGGGAGUAGGAGGAAGUCAGCCCGGAGUUGGAGGAAGCCAACCAGGAAUUGGUGGUUCUCAACCUGGAUAUGAAACUCAACCAGGAUACGGAACACAGCCCGGAGUAGGAGGAAGUCAGCCGGGAGUUGGAGGAAGCCAACCCGGAAUUGGUGGAUCUCAACCUGGAUAUGGAUCUCAACCAGGAUACGGAACACAGCCGGGAGUAGGAGGAAGCCAACCAGGAGUUGGUGGUUCUCAACCUGGUUAUGGAACUCAGCCUGGAUACGGAACACAACCUGGAGUAGGAGGAAGUCAGCCCGGAUUUGGAGGAAGCCAACCAGGACUUGGUGGUUCCCAGCCUGGAUAUGGAACUGCACCUGGAUACGGAAUACAACCUGGAGUAGGAGGAAGUCAGCAAGGAGUUGGAGGAGGUCAACCAGGAAUUGGUGGAUCUCAACCUGGAUAUGGAUCUCAUCCAGGAUACGGAACACAGCCGGGAGUAGGAGGAAGCCAACCAGGAGUUGGUGGUUCUCAACCUGGUUAUGGAACUCAGCCUGGAUACGGAACACAACCUGGAGUAGGAGGAAGUCAGUCCGGAGUUGGGGGAAGCCAACCAGGAUUUGGUGGUUCUCAACCUGAAUAUGGAACUCAGCCUGGCUAUGGAACACAACCUGGAGUAGGUGGAAGUCAGCCCGGAGUUGGGGGAAGCCACCAAGGAAUUGGUGGCUCUCAAGCUGGAUACGGAACUCAGCCGGGAGUAGGCGGACAGGCAGGCUUGGGUGGCCGACAGCCUGGUUACGGAAGUCAACCUGCAGGUGGAUCGGCAGAAUACGGAACUCAGCCGGGAGUAGGAGGAAGCCAACCAGGAAUUGGACGGCCUCAGCCCGGAUACGGAGCUCAACCCGGUUACGGAUCUCAACCUGGAGUUGGCGGAACGACGGGUGCUGGAGUGGGUCAACCAGGUUACGGAGGCCAGACAGGUCAAACGGGACAGUCUGGUGUCGGCGGUCAAAUUGAUGCACCGGGGCGCUACACAGCUGGCACUGGAGUUGUUCCUGGAGCUCCUGGUGUUGGAGGCGCUGGUGGUGCUGGUGUACCAGUUGCUGCCGGCACAGGUGGAGCCGACGACGCAUUCUCCCAGGCCGAGUCAUCUAUUGGCGACGGACAGGCUUCGGCAAGUGCUCAGGGCAAGAAGAACGGAGGCACUGCCAAGACCCAAGUGUCUGGAACAUACAGUGCGGGCGGAACCUUUAGCGCCAGCGCAAUGACCUCGGAUGCGGAUCGUGCGGCCAGUGCCCAGGUCACCGGAACUGCGGAGGGCGCCGUGAGUCAGGCCCAGGGAUCUGGGGGUCCCGCCCAGUCGCAGGCCCAGGUGCAGACGGCAAAGGACGGCGGCACGAAGGCCUCUUCGCAGAGCGGCGGCAUUAUCCAACUGAGCCAGAGCGAGGUUCAUGCCAAUGACAAGGGUGGGUUGGCUGACGCCCAGUCCAGCGGUCCUGGGCAGACCUCAUCGCAAGCCCAGAUCGGUUUUCGUCCCGGCCAGGAAGCUAAUACGCCAGCGGCCAACGGCGGCGGUCAGGCUUCGUCCUCAUCUGGCGCCCACUCUAGUCAGAGUAGCUCGCAGAUUCACGGAACUUCCAGCUACGGCGUUUCGUACCACGGUGCUGCUCAAUCCGCAUCGGGAACCAAGGAGCAGGUGGCAUCGUACAGGGAACAAAAUCGUGAGCUAUUUAACACCAUCAGUCGGUUCGGCGAUAAUGUCAAUGCAGUUACUGAUCGCGCUGAUGCUGUUUAUAGCGGACCGGCGCUCACUGAUGAGUCCGACAGGCUGCCAGAACUGCAGUUGAAGUCGACCAAGCCCAAGGAUGAGGCUGAUAUGGCAGAAAGGAAAGCAGACCAGCCGGAGCCCAUACAGUACGACGAUGAAGAUGAAGCUGACCCGGAUGAAUACGAAGAGGAUGAGUACUACAACGAGAAGCCAGUCAAGCUGGAGGAGAGUCCCAAGUCGGCCAGCAGUGUUAAGAAACUGGAGCCAACUCCAGAGCCCAAGGCCUACGAACAGUCUUCGCCCACGCAAAUCCAAAAGGCGGUGGUGCUACCAGUUGCAGGUGAAAAGUACCAAGUGGUGCAACAGCAGAACGGUAGGGUAACCAUCAAUAGCGAACCUUCCACCACCGAGGCUAUACCACCAGGAUUCCGAGGCACUGUCAAUGUGCAAAAGAAGUUCCACACCAAGGCUCUGGAGCUGCCCACUAACAAGAGGGUGGAGAUUUCGGCCGACGCGGCUGAGGAGGGCCCAACUCGAGGGGACAAGCCCAUCGCACGUGCUCCGGACAGCUAUGUCACCGUCACCAAGUCGGUGACUGGCAGCAUGGACAACAGCAAGAAUCCGCCGCAGGAGAACAAGAACUUCCAGUCCACAUACUUCACAAAGUCCUCGACAUGCGGCUACUUCACCUUCUCCUGCAACAUUGUUUACGGUGCCAAUGGAAGGAGCAAAAUCUGCCGACCGAAGGCACCAACCAAUGGCAAGUGCUAGGGGAUCGUAUACAACAUCCCUUUAACCCACCCAUAUUAUAGUAGAUCAGUUCCAAAGGGGCUCAAUUAUAGAACAGCUUGGCCAACCGUCAACCACAAACACCUAUUUGUGUUUCGAUGCUGCUUGGUCUUAAGCAUUUAAGUGUUUUUCGCAAUUAAUUUUAGAGUUUUACUGCCAUUUCUUUAAUAUUUUGUACGUUUUGCUACUGUAAUUAAUAUUUAAUAAUAAAUCACAAAAAAAUAGAGU